AUGGAUCUGGUACUACUGGUCUUAGCGUUUAUCCGAUACAGAGUUUCUAAUUAUGGUAAUCGUAAUUUACUGGUUAUUCCUCACUCCUUUUUCAGUAAGAAGAAACUAUCAGAGAAAUUGAAAUUGGAGACUGACGGUAUUGCUGAAUAUAAGGGGUUGGAGAUGGAGGAUCCGUAUGAUGGAUGUUUCACCGUUUUUCUUACUAUUGACACAGCUUCUCAGGAAGGUUCCAAUUUUUUGACUUGUAGCCUUUUGCUCCUUAAACAAGUGAGAAUUAGUAUGAAUUUCAUGCCAUUCCAUACCAAAAUGUUCGAUUUGGUUGAUGUCUUGGAAGCUUCUUCAAUUAUGCACAAACUUUAA